AUGCAAAUUUAUAAAAUAGAUCGAUUUUCAUAGUCCUCUUGUAUAUGCAAUUUUUAUAAAUAAACCUUAUAAGCUAUAAUUUCCCUUCUCUAUUUGAUACAACAUUAUAUGUUUUCUCAAAAUUAUAAAGGCUACCUCUUAUCUGCAGAAUUUAAUUUAAAUACUGAGAUAUAACUCAUCUUGACUUUUGUUGAAAGUCUGAUAGAAGCUUUAAAAUAUUUCUACCUAAACUGUUCUAUGUAAUUAAACAAUCACAAUAAUUUCAUUCAAUUUAAACUAGAAAUCAAAAAAAGAAAGCACCUGUUACUAAAUUUCAAAAUAUAGGUAAGAGUAGAUUGA